AUGGGGAAAAAACUCAACGUGCAGUUGAUUCAAAUGCGAUGUAAGACAGAUAGGCUAGAAGAAAUCGACAAGAUAAAUUUAUGGGGAAAUGACCUUGAGGAAGUCUCCAUUAUUAGGCAAAUGCACAGCGUCAAGGUAGUCAGUCUGGCCCUUAAUAAGUUACAGACCCUUGAGGACUUUGCAUAUUGACCAAACCUUACUGAUUUGUUAUUAAGGAAGAAUGAAAUUUCUGAUCUUAGAGAAGUUAAUUAUCUCUCUAAUUGUCCUAAUUUGGAGGUCCUUUGGCUGGCAGAGAAUCCUAUAGCAGCAAUUCCUAAUUAUAGAAUGUAUGUGUUGAAAGUCUUGCCUAAUUUGAGAAAAUUAGAUGAGGUUGAAGUCACUCCAGAGGAGGUUGAAGUAGCUGCUUCUAUGAACUUUGACGAUGAUGACCUCGGCGUACCAGAUUCCAAACCUCAAAGAUUUGAUGCUCCUCCUACUCAACCAGCAUCUGAAGAUUUCGAGCAGAAUGAUGGAUAUAACUACGAGUCUCCUAAGAAACCUCCGAGUUAUGAGAUGAAUGAACCCAAUAUAGCUGCACCUCACCAGCCUGUCCAGAGAUCACCUCCAAUGCCAAAUUAUGAAGACAAUAAGCAGCCUUCAUAUUCUCCAAUGAAUGAGGUGCCUCAGGCGCAACACCAGCCACAAAACCCCGGAUCAAAGCCUGUUUACUGGAGUAAGGGUCCUACAGGAGGGGAGAUGUAUGGAGAAGGAGGAAAAUUUCCGUCAUAUGAAAUCCCACAAAGGCCUCAAACCGGAAAUCCCUAUUCAAGAGAGACCCCUCCUCUAAGGUACGGGAUGAACGAUACUGGGAACUAUUUCCCUCCCAUGCAGCAGCCACGUCUGAUGCAUGCACACAGUACUCCAUUGAACGCAGGCCCCGCUAAGCCAGGCCCGAAUGGAGGAAAAUACAAGAAUGAAAAUAUUUUGUGAGCAGUGUUAGUUUUACUAAAAGAGCUCGAAGAAAACGAGCUUGAGCUUGUUAAAAGGGAUAUCGACAAAAAGUUAAAUUUGAAGAAAUUAAUGUAA